AUGAGUGCGGGGUGCAUGGAUUUCUUUCGUAAAAGCGGCAGGAAGCAGAGCAGGUGUAAAUUAUCCGUGUCAGGCUCCUUGGAUAGCUGGAAAGCAAUCUCCAGAUCAGGCCUCCAGCAUCUGGCUCCUGUGCACUCCCUCAACAUCGCAAUCUCCAAUGGGCCAGGGAAGGAGCCAAGAACAACACUAGAAUGGAGUGAGAAUGCAGUGAAUGGAGAGCACCUGUGGCUGGAGACCAAUGUCUCUGGGGACCUGUGUUACCUGGGGGAGGACAGUUGCCAAGUCAAAUUUGCAAAAUCGGCUCUCCGACGGAAGUGUGCUGCCUGCAAGAUUGUGGUCCACAAUGCUUGCAUGGAACAGUUAGAGAAGAUUAAUUUCCGGUGCAAACCAACUUUCCGAGAGGGGGGCUCCAGAUCUCCAAGAGAAAACUUUGUCCGACAUCACUGGGUGCAUAGGCGGAGGCAGGAAGGAAAGUGUAAGCAGUGUGGAAAGGGAUUUCAGCAAAAAUUCUCCUUCCACAGUAAAGAGAUUGUGGCCAUCAGUUGUUCCUGGUGCAAGCAGGCGUUUCACAACAAAGUCACCUGCUUCAUGUUACAUCACAUUGAGGAGCCGUGUUCCCUGGGGGCUCAUGCUGCUGUCAUUGUGCCUCCCACCUGGAUCAUUAAGGUGAAGAAAGCUCAGAACUCAUUAAAAACUUCAACCCGGCGGAAGAAGAGAACAUCCUUUAAAAGAAAAGCCAGCAAAAGAAGCAAUGAGGAAAUCAAAGGCCGACCAUUUGUGAUAAAGCCCAUCUCUUCGCUGCUCAUGAAACCACUGCUGGUGUUUGUCAAUCCAAAAAGUGGAGGGAAUCAGGGCACGAAGGUUCUCCAGAUGUUCAUGUGGUACUUGAAUCCACGCCAAGUCUUCGAUCUCUCUCACGAAGGGCCAAGAGAUGCACUCGAACUGUACAGAAAAGUGCCAAAUCUGCGAAUCCUGGCCUGCGGUGGGGAUGGAACGGUGGGCUGGAUCCUCUCCAUCCUGGAUGAGCUACAGCUCAGCCCCCAGCCUCCUGUUGCCGUCCUUCCCCUUGGCACUGGGAAUGACCUUGCUCGCACCCUCAACUGGGGAGGGGGUUACACGGAUGAGCCUGUCUCGAAGAUUCUCUGUCACGUAGAAGAUGGGACUAUUGUCCAGCUGGACCGCUGGAACCUCCAGGUGGAACGAAACCCCGAUUUGCCGCAGGAAGAAAUUGAGGAUGGGGCACGUAAGCUUCCACUCAGCGUCUUCAAUAAUUACUUCAGCCUUGGAUUUGAUGCACAUGUCACACUGGAAUUCCAUGAAUCCCGAGAAGCAAAUCCAGAGAAAUUCAACAGUCGCUUUCGAAAUAAAAUGUUUUAUGCUGGGGCAGCCUUUUCAGACUUCCUGCAGAGAAGUUCCAGAGAUUUAUCCAAACAUGUUAAAGUUGUGUGUGAUGGAACAGACCUGACCCCAAAGAUUCAGGAGCUGAAGUUCCAAUGUAUAGUGUUUUUAAAUAUACCCAGGUAUUGUGCUGGCACAAUGCCCUGGGGUACCCCCAGCGACCACAGAGACUUUGAACCUCAGCGCCAUGAUGAUGGUUACAUUGAGGUCAUUGGGUUCACUAUGGCCUCUCUGGCUGCUCUUCAGGUGGGAGGUCAUGGAGAAAGGUUGCAUCAGUGCCGGGAAGUGACUCUGUUAACAUACAAGUCUAUCCCCAUGCAAGUGGAUGGGGAGCCAUGUCGACUGGCUCCGUCUCUCAUUCGGAUCUCCCUAAGGAACCAGGCCAAUAUGGUGCAGAAGAGCAAGAGGAGGACAUCCAUGCCUUUACUCAAUGAUCCCCACUCCAUCCCAGACCGCCUGCGGAUCCGAGUGAACAGGAUUAGUUUACAAGAUUACGAGGGGCUGCAUUAUGACAAGGAAAAACUGCGAGAAGCCUCCAUACCUCUGGGAAUUAUAGUUAUACGAGGAGAUUGUGACUUGGAGGCCUGUCGUAUGUACAUUGACCGGCUACAAGAGGACCUGCAGUCGGUAACUUCUACUACGCAGAGAGUUCACUACCAGGAUCAGGAAGGUUCCUUCCCACGAGUACUUUCUGUUCAGAGGCUCUCUCCUAGAUGGUGCUUCCUAGAUGCAACUUCUGCUGAUCGUUUUUACCGCAUUGACAGAUCUCAGGAACAUUUGCACUUUGUGACGGAAAUUUCUCAGGACGAGAUUUUUAUCCUGGACCCAGAGCUGGUGAUAUCACAGCAGGUGGGGACGCCGCCGGGAAUGCCUGAUCUGGUAGUGGAGCAGGCCUCUGGAAUAUCGGAUCGGUGGAACCCUGCAGUCCGAAAGCGGAUGCUGAGUGACAGUGGCCUUGGCAAGAUUUCCCCGCACUACGAGGUACCUGACAAACAAAAGGACGCCAGCCAGACACACAUGCUGCAGCCACCCGUCUCUUCAGAAGAUCAAGCACUUUUACAAGCAGUAAUAGACGGUGAUCUUCUAAAGUUCAUAGAAUGCUGUAAGAGAGGAGCUAAUCUGUUAAUCCAGGGACCUGACCACUGUUCCUUGCUUCACCAUGCUGCCAAGACUGGGCACCUUGAAAUUGUGAAAUACAUCUUAGAACAUGGUCCAUCGGAGUUACUGGAUAUGACAGACAGUGAAACGGGUGAGACAGCGUUGCACAAGGCGGCCUGCCAGCGCCAUCGUGGCAUCUGCCAGCUCUUGGUGGAUGCGGGAGCAUCUCUAAGAAAUACAGAUUCCAAGGGUCAGACACCUAGAGACAAGGCUCAGCAAGCUGGGGACUCAGAUCUGGCCUCCUACCUGGAAAGUCAUCAGAACUACCAGAUGGUUUCCCAUGAGGACCUGGAGACUGCAGUUUGA